GCUGCAAUCGCGCUGCUCAGCACUAGUUCUGAGCCGUUUUCCGCCCCCCGCCAUGGCGAUCGACCUGCGGAUGACCGGUUUUCUGGACAGCCUGGACAAAGCCAUGGACCGGGUGCGCGUGGUGCUCGACGCGGCAAAGUGUCCCUGCUUCGCCUCGGACGUACACCACCAGUACUCCGACAAGUACCUCCUCGCCGAGUUCAUGACGCGCGCUGCGAUGGCCUCCCAGGUGAAUUGCCUGUCGACGCUGGGCCUCGAUGCCGAGAAGCUCUCGCGGCUUCGUGCCUGGGCGGCAUCGCAGGCCGCUUCCCUGGAGUUCACCGCCGAAGAGCGCUGCGGCUUUGCCCGGGAGGAAACCCGAGAGGUGGCGAGUGCGACGAAGGUUGUGGAUGAGGUGUCCGUCAUGGGCUCGGUCCGAAGCGCGCUGACCAGCAAGGUUGUCACCACAGUCACGGAGUACUUCUGGACCGUUUCGGUCUCCUACAGCUUGGUAGCCGUGCGAGGCGCGGGGGCUGCGGCCGACGACCGGUUGCAACUCUUUGCCCGAGCGGGCAGCGAGGAGUUGAAGACGACAUCGAAGUCGGCUCCUCGUCCAGAGAUGUUGUCGCAUCCCAAGCUCAGCGUUAAUGUCAGCUGGUUGGUGCUGCACCUCUCAGACUCUGCCACGCCCUGCUUCGGCAUCGACCGCGUGCAUGGUAAGUGCCACACGCCGCGUCGCAACAGCGACGUCGGGGAUGCCCUGGAGCAUUUCUCGCGCGUGGCGGCGUGGGCGCGCAAGGUUGCGGCGUACCUGCAGCGCCUCCUUGACAUCCCGCUGGACGAGGCUUCCUGGGACAGGAGCGCCAUCGGCCGCGACCAGCCGCUGAUACCUGUGCUCCCCCUGCUGCAGGAGCGGCACGGGGGCGAGGAUGGCAGCGUGGCGGCCGACGACCGCGCAACCCCGGCUCCGGCAGGGACCGCGGGCCUCGUCGCCACCGUUGGCCCUGCCACGGAGGGCCUCUCGGGCAGCGCGCUCUUGGGCCUCUCCGACAUGAACCUCCUGCUCGAGGAGGAGGCGCGGGCCCUGCGGCAGAAGUCCGCCGCGCUGGCGGAGGCCCUCCCCAGCGCCGACGGCGGGCGCCUCGCCACCGCCGCCGAGGCGAGGCUUGCGGCCACGCUGGCGCACUGCGCCUCGGUCUGCAGUCAGCUGGCAGCCGCCAUGGACUACAUCGAGAGCAUGCUUCGGAGUCAGCUCGUCGCUGCCAUCGGCAAGGAGGUGACGCCAGCUGCCUUCGCGGAUUACAUGAGGUUCCACUGCCGUCGGCUCUUCGCUGCACCGUACGCCCCAUCGCCGUUUUGCUUCGCGGUGCGCCGCUCCGAGGGUCACUCGCCCGAGGGCACCGUGAGCAUCGAGCAGGAGCCUCGCGACCCAGGCGCUGAGUCCAGCAUUGCCGAGCCCAUCGUGACCAUGGUCGCGCGGAGCGAGAGGUCCCACCCGAUGCAGUUCCCCCUCAGCGCCUCCGCCAACGUGACCUUCAAGGGGGACCGCUACCUGCACGCCUGGCUCAGCCACCAGUUCACUGGGCACGCCAACCCCAAGCUCGCACUGGUCUCCAAGGCACGCCAAUUCAGUUCGAUGAUCGUUAUGGUGGGCCGCAUUGUCUCGGCAAGCGUCUUCGAGCCGAAAUGCGCGGCCAUUGUUCAGAACAAGGACGAGCUCAGUAUACCCCUAGAACUGUCCACGAUCCCGACGCCCAAGGAGUUCAGGGACGCUAUCGAGUCGUUGUCGCCAGAGCAGCAGCGCUUCGCCAAGGCUUUCCGCGCCAUGCAGCUGGAAAGCACGCUCUUCGGCGUCCUCGUGAUUCAGAUCAAGCCGCAGCUCGAGAAGGUGCUGAACCUUCCGGAGGACAGCCUCGCGAAGGAGAUAAAGCUGACGCAGGACUUGAUGCAGCUCUUCAUCAAGUAUCAGCUUCCCAGCGACCUGCUCUCCUUCGACGCCUCGACCUUCGCGCGGGCCCAGGCCCCCGGCGACGCCUCGACCUCCGCGCCGGCCUGGGCCGCCGAGGCGGCCCGCGGCGAGCUGGUGGGCGGCGCCACGGCCUCGGAGCGCCUGUCGGCGGUCCGGGAGAGCGUCAAGGCCAUGAUGGCAGUCAUCGAGGACGAGAAGAAGGAGGAGCUCCAGGAGAGGACCCUGGAGGCGCGCUUCGAGGCUCCACUUGUGGACCGCGGCGUGAUGAUGGACGACCUGUGCGACACGAUGAUGCCGGCCAGCAUGCCGGCGCCGGCGUCGGCCAGCACGAGUGUGGGCCCGAAGAGGGCAGAAAGGAUGCGCUCCAGGAGGUCCGUGGCGGAGAGCGCAGUUGCAAUGAAGUGCGCGGUGCCGUGCAGUGCUCCUGUGCCACCCACGGCGGCUGCGGCGGCGGCUCCAGUGCCCGCCACGGCACAGGCGGCCCCGGGAGCGGGGUCGGCGCGAGUACCCCCAGCGCAGCCGUCGCAGUGGCAGCGGCCCGCUGGCGACGGAGCUGGGGAUCGGGUCAGCGAGGACGCCGCCAGGGAUUACACCCGCGUGCCCAGGGAGAUGGACCAGCAGUUCGAGGCCCUGGACACAGACAGCGCCCUGCGGCCCACCAUCAUCACCCCUGGCGACCUCUGGCGCAAGAGGUCGCAGAGGGCCCUCCUGGCCAAGCCCAGCGACGCCACCCUGGACGGCGACGAGCAGAAGCGGGAGCGCGUCGCAGCCUUCGACCUCCUCGACGCCCUGACGAAGUCCGGCGCCCUGCCCGUGGAGGCCGCGAGCCUCCACGUUCUGGUGGCUGCCACGCACUGCUUCGACAAGAGCGUCACGGACACCGUCGUCCAGGACAACGUGUCGCCCAUUGAGAAACGCUCUUCCUUGAUCAUGGCGGCCACGGUGCACCAGGUGCCGGUGGCGGCCCUGCUGGAGGGCUCGCAGCUCUCGCGGGUGCGCAGCAGCUGCCCAGCGCUCUUCGUGGAAGACGGCGAGGCGAACGCCGUGGCCUGA